GGUCUUGCCUGGCUCUGGCAUGAAGAAAUAAAGUGUCUUUUUCUCAAAUAUAGAGACCCACCAUCUGGAGCUAUUGAAAGCCUAAUUACAAAAAUUUUUAAAUAUGAUCUCUAUAGUAAUAAGACUGUAGAAAUAAUUUGUCAUUUAAAAAGAAUCUUAACAGAUUUUUGCAACAAAUUCAACCAAAGAAUUGUUACAUUAGUAAAUGAUUUUAAGAAAAAACAAUUAGGAGAACAAACACUAUUACCAUUAAGAUCUGAUCUCAAUGAAUUCAUAACUCAAGAAGUUACUGAACAAAUAUUACAAAAAUACCUAAAUAGUACUAAUGUAGAUAAGAUUAAGAGGUGUAAAACAAUAGACCAGCUAAUUAAAUUAAUCAAAAAGCCAUUCAAAAUAUCUUUUAAUACUUAUGAUACUAAAGCAAUCAAAAGACUUGACUAUCUUAUGAUAGGUUGCAAAAUUUCAAGUAGAUCUGGUAAAAAUAUAGUAUUAGAGAUUUUUCUUACAAUUAAUAGUAAUAAUAAUCAUAUCUAG